AAUGAUAAUGAUAAUAGUGGCAAUGAUAAUGAUAAUAGUGAUAAUGAUGAUAAUAGUGAUAACGAUAAUGAUAAUAGUGAUAAUGAUAAUGAUAAUAGUGAUAAU